GCUCCUCACCCCGCGCUCCAGCCGCCGCCAGUGUGGGUGCUCCGCUGCCCGCUCCUCUCUCUUCUGUCUUCUCCUCUGCUCUCGCCUCCCCACCCCCUCUUCUUCCCCUCCCCUCGUCCUCCCCUCCCCUCCCCUCCUCUGCAGCGCCUGCAUUAUUUUCUGCCCGCAGGCUCAGCUUGCACUACUGCUGCAGCCUGGGGAGGUGGGUGGUGGGUUGGCUGGUGGGGAGGAGAUUGUGCAAGUUGUAGGGGAGGGGGUGCCCUCUUAUUCCCGGCUCUGUUCCUCCCCCCCCCAACUCCUUCCCCCUCCUUCUCCCCUUCCCCCUCCCCGCCCCCACCUCCUUCCUCCUUUCGGAAGGGCUGGUAACUUGUUGUGCGGAGCGAACAGCAACGGCGGCGGCACCAUCCAGGCGGGCACCAUGGGCACGUCCGCGCGCUGGGCGCUCUGGCUGCUGCUCGCGCUGUGCUGGGCGCCCCGGGAGAGCGGCGCCACCGGAACCGGGAGAAAAGCCAAAUGUGAACCCUCCCAGUUCCAGUGCACCAACGGCCGGUGUAUUACUCUCCUGUGGAAAUGUGAUGGGGACGAAGACUGUGCUGAUGGCAGUGAUGAAAAGAACUGUGUAAAGAAGACAUGUGCUGAGUCUGACUUCGUGUGCAACAAUGGCCAGUGUAUUCCCAACCGGUGGCAGUGUGAUGGGGAUCCUGACUGUGAAGAUGGCUCUGAUGAAAGCCCAGAACAGUGCCAUAUGAGAACAUGCCGCAUAAAUGAAAUCAGCUGUGGCGCCCGUUCCACUCAGUGUAUCCCAGUGUCCUGGAGAUGUGAUGGUGAAAAUGAUUGUGACAGUGGCGAAGAUGAAGAAAACUGUGGCAACAUAACGUGUAGCCCUGAUGAGUUCACUUGCUCCAGUGGCCGCUGCAUCUCCAGGAACUUUGUAUGCAAUGGCCAGGAUGACUGUAACGAUGGCAGCGACGAGCUUGACUGUGCCCCACCAACCUGCGGUGCCCACGAGUUCCAGUGCAGCACCUCCUCCUGCAUCCCCAUCAGCUGGGUGUGCGAUGAUGACGCAGACUGCUCUGACCAGUCCGACGAGUCCCUCGAGCAGUGUGGCCGCCAGCCAGUGAUACACACCAAGUGCCCUGCCAGUGAGAUCCAGUGCGGCUCUGGCGAAUGCAUACACAAGAAGUGGCGAUGCGACGGGGACCCCGACUGCAAGGAUGGCAGUGAUGAGGUCAACUGCCCUUCUCUAACCUGCCGGCCUGACCAGUUUGAAUGUGAGGACGGUAGCUGCAUCCACGGCAGUAGGCAGUGUAAUGGGAUCCGAGACUGUGUAGAUGGUUCUGAUGAAGUCAACUGCAAAAAUGUCAAUCAGUGCUUAGGCCCUGGGAAAUUCAAGUGCAGAAGUGGGGAAUGCAUAGAUAUCAGCAAAGUAUGUAACCAGGAACAGGACUGCAGGGACUGGAGCGAUGAGCCUCUGAAAGAAUGUCAUGUAAAUGAAUGCUUGGUAAAUAAUGGUGGAUGUUCCCACAUCUGCAAAGAUCUAGUUAUAGGCUACGAAUGUGACUGUGCAGCUGGGUUUGAGCUAAUAGAUAGGAAAACCUGUGGAGAUAUUGAUGAAUGCCAAAAUCCGGGAAUCUGCAGUCAAAUUUGCAUCAACUUGAAAGGCGGUUAUAAGUGUGAAUGUAGUCGUGGCUAUCAAAUGGAUCUUGCCACUGGUGUGUGCAAGGCAGUAGGCAAAGAGCCAAGUCUAAUCUUCACUAAUCGAAGAGACAUCAGGAAGAUUGGUUUAGAGAGGAAAGAAUAUAUCCAACUCAUUGAACAGCUGAGAAACACCGUGGCUCUCGAUGCUGACAUCGCUGCUCAGAAACUCUUCUGGGCUGAUUUAAGCCAAAAGGCCAUCUUCAGCGCCUCAAUUGAUGACAAGGUUGGUAGACAUGUUAAAAUGAUCGACAAUGUCUAUAAUCCUGCAGCCAUUGCUGUUGAUUGGGUGUACAAGACCAUCUACUGGACUGAUGCGGCGUCUAAGACUAUUUCAGUGGCCACCCUAGACGGAACCAAGAGGAAGUUCCUGUUUAACUCGGGCUUGCGUGAGCCCGCCUCCAUAGCUGUGGACCCGUUGUCUGGCUUUGUUUACUGGUCAGAUUGGGGUGAACCAGCUAAAAUAGAAAAAGCAGGAAUGAAUGGAUUUGAUAGACGUCCUCUGGUGACAGUAGACAUCCAGUGGCCUAAUGGGAUAACGCUUGACCUAAUAAAAAGCCGCCUCUAUUGGCUUGAUUCUAAGUUGCACAUGUUAUCCAGUGUGGACUUGAAUGGCCAAGAUCGUAGGAUAGUACUGAAGUCUCUGGAGUUCCUAGCUCAUCCUCUUGCACUAACCAUAUUCGAGGAUCGCGUCUACUGGAUAGAUGGGGAAAAUGAAGCCGUCUAUGGUGCCAACAAAUUCACUGGAUCGGAGCUGGCCACCCUAGUCAACAACCUUAAUGAUGCCCAAGACAUCAUUGUCUAUCAUGAACUUAUACAGCCAUCAGGUAAAAAUUGGUGUGAAGAAGACGCAAAGAAUGGAGGAUGUGAAUACCUGUGCCUGCCAGCACCACAGAUUAAUGAUCACUCUCCAAAAUACACCUGCUCCUGUCCCAAUGGAUACAAUCUUCGGGAAAAUGGCCGAGAGUGUCAGAGUACUGCACCUACUGUGACUUACAGUGAGACAAAAGAUACCAACACAACAGAAAUUUCACCAACUAGUGGACUAGUUCCUGGAGGGAUCAAUGUGACCACCGCAGUAUCAGAGGUCAGUGUGCCCCCAAAAGGGACUUCUGCUGCCUGGGCCAUUCUUCCUCUCUUGCUCUUAGUGAUGGCCGCAGUUGGUGGCUACUUGAUGUGGCGGAAUUGGCAACACAAGAACAUGAAAAGCAUGAACUUUGACAAUCCUGUGUACUUGAAGACCACUGAAGAGGACCUCUCCAUAGACAUUGGUAGACACAGUGCUUCUGUUGGACACACAUACCCAGCAAUAUCAGUUGUAAGCACAGAUGAUGAUCUAGCUUGACUUCUGAGACAAGUCUCGACCUUUGAGGUCUAAACCCACAAUACCCUACAUCCCAGUGGUAACCGAACCAGCAGCUGAAGUCUCUUUCUUCCUCCUUUCUGGAAGAACAUCAAGAAAUCUUUGGGUGGAUCAAGUUUGUGUACUUGACUGUUUUAUAUUACUUUUGUAAAUAGUCUUAUCCACAUUCUACUUCAGCUUUGGAUGUGGUUACCAAGUAUCUGUAACCCUUAAAUUUCUAGACAGUAUUGCCACCUCUGGCCAAAUAUGCACUUUCCCUAGAAAGCCAUAUUCCAGCAAUGAAACUUGUGCUAUAGUGUAUACCACCUGUACAUACGUUGUAUAGGCCACCUGUAAAUAUCCCAGAGAACAAUCACUAUUCUUAAGCACUUUGAAAUAUUUCUAUGUAAAUUAUUGUAAACUUUUUCAAUAGUUGGGACAAUGGCAAUAGGAUAAAACGGGUUACUAAGAUGAAAUUGCCAAAAACAUUUGUAAACUAAUUUUGUACUUAUGAAUGAAAUCUUUGACCUCCAUGGAGGUUCGUAAAGACGGAGUGUUCAAACUACUGUACAUUUUUUUUCAAGUGCUAAAAAAAUUAAACCAAGCAGCUUAACCAUG